GCACCAACACGUCAUCGUUUUGAAACGCUAAUCCGCCGUGACAAUCGUGACGUGAAGAAGAAACCAGAAGUCUUUCUUUCGGAUCGGUUCUUCUCGUAAAGUAAACACAUAUGUAAACCAAAACCCCCUACAAGGAACGAAUUGAAGUAAAUCCCCAAAUAUACUCUCUCUCCUCUCUCUAGAAUUCUACUCCUAUAUAUCUGCGUAGGGCUACGACAAUCCAGAACUGGAAGCCCCAUGAAUACGUCGCAGUUCAUGGACAAACAGAUCAUGGAUCUAACAAAUUCCCAGCGGAGCGACAACGAUAUCAUCGAUCUGAUGAACCCUCCUCAAGAAGACCUCAUCGGGAACAAGGAAGAGAUCGUGCCCAGCUAUGAUUUUCAGCCAAUCCGCCAACCAAUCAUAUCGUCCCAGCAGCAGCAGUCGAAUCUUGAUUCGAGUGGGGCUAGGGUUUGGAAUUCAGCUGAUUCCAAGACCAGUGGUACUGCUAUUGCUGGCAGAAAUUAUGGUUCUCUCGACUCCAUUGAACCUGCAAAUGUUAUUUUAGAGAAGGAUCGUAAUGUUAAUAAUGUAGAAAUAGUGUCCGCGAUUGAUCGAACCAUGAAGAAACAUGCUGAUAGUAUACUGCAUGCAUUGGAAGGUGUUAGUGCACGUUUAUCUCAGCUGGAGAGCAGGACUCGCCACCUUGAGAAUUCAAUGGAUGAUUUGAAGAUAUCUUCUGGUACCAAUCAUGGAAGUACUGAUGGUCAGCUGAGGCAGCUGGAAAAUAUUCUUCGAGAGGUACAAGAAGGUGUGCAGGGUGUAAGGGAUAAGCAAGAUAGAGUAGAGGGUCAGCUUCACCUUCUGCAAGUGUCCAAGAUAGAGCCCCAACCAGAAACCCCACAUAACACUGCCCGACCAGAUAAUUUGCAUCAGGCACCACCGCUGCCUCAGCAGUUUCACCAACCACUCCCACCAGUAAUUAUACAACCUCCUUCCACUCUCUCUCUACCCAAUGCUCCUCCAACUGCUUCGCAACAGAAUCUGGCCCCUCCUGUUCAGAUUCAGCUUCAGCACCAGUACCCUCCUAAUCAGAUUAGCACCGUACCUCAGAGGGAGCCUUACUUCCCCCCUCCGCCUGGUCAAACACAAGAAGCCUCAAAUCAGCAAUACCAGCACCCCCCUCCUCCUCAGCAGUUGCCGCCUCCUCUUCCAGCACCACCACAACAACCAUAUCAGCCACCACCACCUCCCCCACAGUACAAUCAACCGCCACCACCGCCACCUCAGCAGCACCCAUCUCUCUCAGCAGUUAAUCCUCCACAACCUCAACUUUCAUUAGGGCACCAUCUAGAAGAACCACCUUAUGGUCCCCCACAGAACUACCCACCAAACCUCCACCAACCUCCUCCUCAUCCACCCAGUGGGACCCAGCAGUAUUAUGGGGCUCCACCCAACAUGUAUGAGCCACCGUCUAGCAGACCCAAUUCAGGAUUUUCUAGUUCCUACGGGCCGGGCCCUUCAUCCGGUUCCAAUGAACCAUAUUCUUACAGUGGGUCCCCUUCUCAGUAUGGUGGUGGCUCUGUGAAGCAACAUUUGUCUUCUGCCUCAGCCCAAGGUGGUGGAAACGUUUACCCCCAGCUCCCCACCGCUCGUGUAUUACCACAGGCAUUGCCCACUGCUACUGGGGUGGGUGGUGGUGUUGGGUCCGGUUCUGGUGGAUCGGGUAACAGGGUUCCUAUUGAUGACGUGGUUGACAAGUUAUCGACAAUGGGAUUCACGAGAGACCAAGUGAGAGCUACGGUUAGGAGGUUGACGGAGAAUGGACAGUCUGUUGAUUUGAAUGUGGUAUUGGACAAGUUGAUGAAUGAGGGUGAAGGCCAGCCCCAGAGAGGCUGGUUUGGCCGUUAAUUCUGUUUCUGAUCUUGGUUGUGUACAGAAAGUCUUGGGUUCUUUGUUUUGGUUCAACUUUUGCUGUUGCUUGGGUAUUUGGGUUGUGUAUCCCUUAGAAUUGCUUUGUUUAAUUUCAUUUAUUUUGUUUCACACUAUAUUCGCGUGCCUGGUGGAACAUUCAUAUAUUUUUUGCCUCUGUAUUUGUGGGUGCCUGUUUGUUUGAGGCAUUAAUAAGACUUUGAAGAAGGAUAUUAUGAACACAA